ACAACACGGAAUAAAUAACAGUAUUGAGCGAUGGCCGAUGAUAACAAUAUAAUAAUGAUGCACAUUGUACAUAGAGUAUCCGAUUAUCGAAAUUAUUUGAAUCUAGGACAAUCUGCGGUACACCCUACUUGGUUUAAUAUUUGUCACAUAAAAUAUAUUGAAUAAACAACUAUGAUAUCAGAAAUUAAUGCAGCUAUUGAACAAAACAAUUUUCAGCGAGUAAAAGUUUUAGUUGAAGCUAUCAUUGAACAACACUCAAAUACAUUCAAUUUUGACACCUAUCAUGCUGACAAUACUUUCAAACAGUUAUGGGAAUCUAUGUUCCUGUGCUUGGCGGGGGACAGUUACAAAUGUAUUCACAAACAAUGUUUAACAUGCAUUCGGCUCUUGAGCCGAGACAAAACACAUUUAAAAGAAAUUGUAAUUGAACAACACGUAAAUAUUCUACUACAGUGUGCUAAUCUUGUUGAAGACACAUUAUGCAUAGUAAUCACACCUGAAAAUACAGAUGUUAUUGUGGAAGGCCUGAAAUGUCUGUGUAAUAUAGUUUAUAAUUGUAACACUGCACAAGAAGUAUGCUGUUCAAAUAAAACUGUUGAUUGCAUUAUGCUGAGACUGAGAACAUAUUUUGAACAGAAUAUUCCAUAUGCCAUAAAAUAUUUUGACAUCAAACUUUUAUUUCUCUUAACAGCAUUUAACAAGAAUAUAAGAUUAAAAAUCACAGAAAAGUUACAUGGUCUCACAUACCUAACAGAAGUCUUGGACAAUAUAUUACGUGACACUAUUGAAGAUGCAUCCAAAAACAAUUCGUCUUGCUUACAGGAAGAAAAUGUGUUACUCAGCUGUGAGAUAUUAAAAACUUUAUUUAACUUGACCGUAAACCCAAUCAGUGAGUCAUCUGAUGAAGAUAAUUAUUCAAUUUGGAUUAGGUUGAUUUCUAUAUUACGUGAUUUACUUGUUACCUCAACUUUUGUCCCAUUAUUUCAAGAUAACAUUAUUUGCAAUGUUGUAAACUUGUUGACAAAUGUACCUCCAACUUGUUUGGAUCAAUUGCUGGUCAAAAGUCAUUGGUGUGAUGUUGAUGCUUUAAAAGUGAUAGUGAAUUUUCUUGACAGCCGAUUAUCUAGUACAGAGAAUCCGUCAUAUGAAAAUAUAUCACCAGUAUUGAUGGUUUUAUUAAAAGGAUCAAGAUCUGUUGCUAAAUUUCGUUGUGAAGUACGGCAGCAAAUUUUACCUCCAUUAAAAGAUGUUAUUAAUCGACCUGAACAAGGAAAUACAUUGCGUAAUAAAUUAUGCCGUUUACUCACUACUCCCAAUGUAAGUCUAUGUGACUUAGUUGCUGAACUGUUGUUUGUCUUAUGUAAAGAAAAUGUGGGUCGUAUGAUCAAGUAUACAGGAUUUGGUAAUGCAGCUGGUUUAUUUGCAAAUCGAGGAUUACUUUGUAAAACAUCAAAUCCAGAUUACUCGUCAGAUAGUGAAGAUAGUGAUACAGAAGAAUACCUAACAUAUAAAGACCAGAUAAAUCCAGUUCUUGGCUGUUACGAACCACCAAAACCUAAUCCAUUUGAGUGCAUGUCUGUUGAACAACAAGAACAUGAAGUUAUGCAGUUAGUUUCUAAAAUGGAUAAACUCACUAGGGAAGGAGUGAUACAACCGUGUAAAAUUGGUGAUGAUGGGCGACCAAAACCUAUUGAACAUGUUCUUCAACUUCAAGAAGAAUUAAUGAAUCAUUUUACAAACAUUAAAAAUAAAGAUGGACCAGAUGAUGAGAGUGAUUAAGUUGUUAAUUUAUUUAUUUGAUCGUUAAUUUAUUUUUAUUUAUUAUCAACACAUUUGUAGUCAAACUUUUUACUCAUAGUAUUCAUUAGCUUUUAGGUACCUAUAUAAAAUAUUAACUCUAAGGUAUAAUUCAUGUGUUCAGGUCUGAUGUCUUUAGAUUUAAAGUUAGUCUUUUUAAUCUGCCAUCUAGUAAAUUUGAUUUUGCACAUACUAUUCAUAAAUUAAAUUUAAUAUUGCCAUUUUUGUUACACAUUGAUUUUAAUAUAUAAUAUGUUCAGAAGGUGAUUUUUAAUAUAGGACACUCAUUGUUUCACAAUUAWUUAAAGACAAACUAACUAACCUAAUUAAUUUUUUUAUUUCUUACUCUAAAAAAUACAAAUACUAAUGUAUACAUUUUAUAAUUUGAACCAUUGUUUCUUAUUUUAUUAGCAGUAGAAGUUUAAAAGACUAAAUUGCUCUACAUAGCUCUAAAUACCAUUAUUUUACUAUGUACGCAUAACGUAUGCAGAAAAUGAUAGUCAAACAUUCAGUGCAAUUUAGGUAUACUAUAUAAAAUGCUGAUUUUGACUAUAAAGUGGCUUACACACUAGGCGAUUAAUCGCGCAAAAUAAAAUGUGUGUAUUUAUAUCAUUACAUUAAAGGUUAUCUGUGAACAGAWUGUCACAACAUUGGAUAAUGUUAAAUGAGGAUGCACAUACUUCCAACAUUUUUUGUUUGAGGUAUGGUUUACUUCUCUUGUGAGUGGCCAAAAUACAGUGGUUGAAUAAUUAUUUUUAGGGUGUCUCUUCAUCUUUUAAAAAUGUUAAAUUGUUAAAUAUUUCUAACAAUAAACUAUUGGUUCAAAGUUCAAUAUUUACACAAAAACCUUUUCUAUUUCACAUUAA